CUUAAUCUCAUGAGCCAUAGCCCAAUAUCCAGGCCCACAGCAUAGUAUCCCACAAAGUAAACAAAACAAAGUUUUCAUUUUUGCCUUGCAGUUCCACUCCCAUUGACGUGUAGCAAAUGGCAACCGACCCUAGUUUUUAACUGUUUUCGUCAUCUAACGAUAAACCGAGUUUAAGUUAGGGUUUUUGGACUCGUCAGAGUCGCCUCUUUCCCCUUCUCCUUCCAUCGAAGUCCUUUCCUCAGAGGUUUCGUCUUCUGUGAAAUGCGCUGUCGAGCCUGUCAACUUCUUUAUUUCAUUACAAUCUCAAGUAAUUGCUCGCUCAGCUAGCUCGGUUACACGUUUUAUGCCUGAUGAUAUUCCUGGUGUUACUUCACCGAUGGUUUAUAUUGGCAUGUUGUUUAGCUGGUUUGCCUGGCAUGUUGAAGAUCGCGAGCUUCACAGCAUUAAAUUUUCUUCAUGUUGGCUCUUCAAAGACUUGGUAUGCUGUUCCUGGAGAUUAUGCAUUUGCUUUUUGAGGAACUUAUCCGCACUGAAGCUUAUGGAGGUAAUUUUGAUCGCUUAGCUUACUGGAAAGGCUUCAUCUGAUGAAGACAGGCAGGAAUAUUUGCAGCUGAGAGCUAAAGUUGAAGUGGUCAAGCAAGGAAUAAAUGUCGCAAGGAAGGAAAUAGGUUCUUUGAAGAGGCAAUUGUUAGAUGUACCAGGAAAAAACGGGGAAGAAUACAGGGUUAUUCUCAAAUUGAUUAAGAUUCAAAAUCAGGCAAUUUGAUGACUUUCAACUUUUGUAUUGCUGAAAAUAUUUUAGUUAUCCUGUGAAAUAUUUUAUUCGUUAAGCUCAAUGUUUAACUAAAGAAGUUGACUGUAUCUCAGCAUUUGGUGUAAUUGAUUGUUGCAUAAUUUCUUCAUUUUAAAAAGCAAGGUUUAAAUUUAUCCUUUUCCAAAUUAAAAAAAAAAAAAUUUAGGAUACGCUUGAGAGUUUAGAGCUUAAUUGAAGGAUUUAUAACUGAACCUUAAUUUGAUUCCUUUAACUUAAGCUAGAGGCAUGUAACGCAAAUAGAAGUAAUUUCCUUUUCUUGUAAAGUGGAAAAACAAAUUACAAAAGCCUAAAGCUCAUGAGUGAUAGCCCAAUAUCCAGGCCCACACCAUUAUUAUCCCACAAAGUAGACAAAACAAAAGUUUUCAUUUUUGCUUUGGAGUUCGCCGCCCAUUGUUGGUCUGCAACCCUGUAGCUAGUAGCAGGUUGCUGGUGGCAAAUGGCAACGAACCCAAGUUUUCAACUGUUUUCGUCAUCUAACGAUACACCCAAUUUAAGUUUAGGGUUUUUGGACUCGUCAGAGCCGCCUCUUUCCCCUCCUCCUCCCUCCAUCGAAGUUCUCUCCUCAGAGGUUUCGUCUGCUGUGAAAUGCACUGUCGAGCCUGUCAACUUGGAUGGCCUUGCUUUGCUCAAGGGGCGGGUGAGUACCAAAGAGGUUUUUGGGUUGCCUAACUCGGAUUUAGUCCCUGGAAUUUACGAAGGCGGACUUAAGUUAUGGGAAGGAUCAUUAGACCUUGUUAAAGCUCUGCGCACUGAGGUUCAGAAUGGCCAUCUAUCAUUUGAGGGAAAGAAAGUGUUAGAGCUUGGAUGUGGUCACGGGCUUCCUGGGAUAUUUGCAUGUCUUGAGGGUGCAGCUGCUGUGCAUUUCCAGGACUUCAAUGCUGAGGUCCUGCGGUGUCUCACCAUUCCAAAUGUAAAUGUGAAUCUUUCAGAGAAGUGUCAGCCUGACCCUGUAGCAGAAACACGCUUCUUUGCUGGUGACUGGGGUGAGAUUCAUCAACUACUUCCUCAUGCAUGUGAAAGUGAAAUGAACCUGAACUCCAGCUCAGAACAUGGCCAAGCUACUGGUUAUGAUGUUAUUCUAACGGCUGAGACAAUUUACUCAAUCUCUGCUCAAAGGAACCUCUAUGGACUAAUAAAGAAGUGCAUGAGCCACCCACAUGGAGUUGUAUAUGUGGCUGGAAAGAAGCAUUAUUUUGGCGUAGGUGGAGGAACACGUCAAUUUCUUUCUAUGCUUGAGAAAGAUGGUGUUAUGGCUGCAAGUCUUGUUACUGAAGUUGCUGAUGGUUCCUCUAACGUGCGGGAGGAAAUUUAAGAAUAACCCAACACCACAGUUGUGAAGUCUCUUGUAUGGUCCUAUUUGAUUGAAGAAUUGUGGCUUAGUAGACUGGUCAAUGUUUUGGAUGCGAAGACAUGAGAAGGUAUUCUGCUUUAGCAUUUGUUUCUGUCUGAUAGACCUUGUGGAACAAAGUUGAUGUUGACCUUACCAUUGCUUUUUAGAGCAUCAUGGUACCCAUGGGACAAGGUCUAUUUCGAAAGUUUUAAUGGUGACAAAAACAUAACUUAAAGACUGAGAAAAUUAAUCGGUUACAUGCGUGCUAGCUGGCUUUCACUUGAUCUACUCAAAUAAUGAUUAGAAAGUUAAUUAUUAGCGAUGGCUUGUAUGGUAUGUCCUAACCCUGUAUCUGUUUCUGGUUCUUUCCUUUUCUUUUUAAAAAGAUGUCAGUUUAGGGAUAAGAUAAAGAUUGCAAGGGAUUUGAAUAACAGUUUUACUGGACGAUAUCUUUUACCAUAUGAAUCAACUAAACUAAAUCUCAAAUUUUUUUUUUUUUUUUUCAUUUUCUACCCAUUGCAACUUUAUAUUUCCCUAAGCCCUUUCCUUUCUGAUGCUGCGACGCCUUCAAGUGCUUCUUCCCCUUAUUUAAUUAUAAAUGGAAGCUUGAUUUUGAUAUCCCAUAACUAGUCUUACCCAUUCUGUCUCCUUUUGCGCUUUUUAUUUCGACUAUAAAAACAUUGCUUGGCUUUGUUGCCUACAUGUGCGAUUCUUCACCUAAUGAGCCUUUCAUGUGUACCAACUUUACUUUCUUAUUGCAUUAAUAGUUUACAUACUUAACUGAGCUAGAAUAAGGCUUUUUAUUGCUUUUUGACUUAUUUUUUUCCCCGGUAAAGGAAUGCUCCUUUUGUUGACACGCUAAAUCUGACAUUUUAAUAAUAAGUUACAUUAUAUUGAAGAGAAAACUCAACAUGCAGGUUAGUAGUGGUAUAAAUGAACUGACCGAAUUUGGUUGUGUGUGAUUUAUUGAUUUAAUUAAUGGAUCUUAAAAUGUUAUUUUAAUGGUUCGUUAAACUUAAUAAAUGAAUAAAAAUCAAAUAUAUUCACGAACUAAUGUUCUACUCCUAUACAUCCUUAUAGGUCGGGUCAGCUGAUAACUAUGGUUUCUUUCCUAUUGACCCUUUUAGGGUUAGAAAUGUUACUCUGAUUUACUAUCAAAUACUUAUACAGAUUCUUUCUGGAACUUGAAUGAGAAUUUUGAAAUUUAGUUACUCAACCAAGUCAUGGAGUGGACAAACAUAAUUUGAUGACAGGCUGCCUAGUCUAAUUAUGCUCUCUGCUAUACUUAAUAUUGAAAAACUCUACGUUCCUUAGGAUCUGAAAUUGUUUUCCUUUAUGAUCUCGUCGGGCUUAUUAC